CAACGACGAGCUGCACGGCCUCCAGCGAAUCCUGUCAAUCAGUGUGGGCGUGAAACAUUCUUGAAUUUUUACAUUCAACGACGUCUGAUAUUUCUAUCUGACGCUCAUCGCCCCAUCGAAUUGAUACCUACACCCUCCGAACUUUUUUCUCGCUUUCCGGUUCAGCAACUCUUGCGGCCGAUUUCCAGCCUCUCUUUUUGCGGCUGACGAUUUAUCGAUUUAAAAGAUACCCACGAAUAUCUCAAUCUACAUAUCAUAAUGGGUUUCGGUGGCCCUCCUAGAGGACGUGGUGGAUUUGGUGGUGGUCGCGGCGGUGGUCGCGGUGCUCCCCGUGGCGGCGGUGGUGGCCGUGGUGGUGGCAGAGGUGGUUUCGGUGGUGGUGCUCCUCGUGGCCGCGGCGGUGGCCGUGGUGCUCCCCGUGGAGGUCGUGGUGGCCGUGGUGGCCGCGGCGGUGGUCGUGGAGGCGGUGGUGCUGGUGCUAAGGGUGGUGCCAAGGUUAUCAUUGAACCUCACCGUCACGCCGGUGUCUUCGUUGCUCGUGGUGGUAAGGAAGAUUUGCUCGUUACCAAGAACUUGACUCCCGGUGAGGCUGUCUAUGGCGAGAAGCGCAUUGCUGUUGAGGGGCCUGCGGCGGAAGAUGGUGCUGUCACCAAGACCGAAUACCGUGUCUGGAACCCCUUCCGUAGUAAGCUGGCUGCCGGUAUCCUCGGUGGUCUGGAUGACAUCUACAUGCGCCCCGGCUCCAAGGUGCUCUACCUUGGUUCCGCCAGCGGUACCUCCGUCAGUCACGUUGCUGACAUCGUCGGACCUACUGGAAACGUCUACGCUGUCGAAUUCUCCCACCGUUCCGGCCGUGAUCUGAUUGGCAUGGCUACUCACCGCACGAACGUCAUCCCCAUCGUCGAGGACGCCCGUCACCCUCUGCGUUACCGUAUGCUCAUUCCCAUGGUGGACGUCAUCUUCGCCGAUGUUGCCCAGCCUGACCAGGCCCGUAUUGUUGGUCUGAACGCCCACAUGUUCCUGAAGUCUGGCGGUGGUGUCAUCAUCUCCGUCAAGGCCAGCUGUAUCGACAGCACGGCUAAGCCCGAGGUUGUGUUCGCGCGUGAGGUGCAGAAGAUGAGAGAUGAGAAGAUCAAGCCAAGGGAGCAGCUGACCCUGGAACCUUUCGAGCGAGACCACUGUAUUGUCUCUGGUGUCUACAAUCGUUCCGCAUAAAAAGCCAAAAAGCAGGUUUCUUUGUAACGGGGUUUCUGUCUUUCCUUCUCAUGUCUUAAUUUUGUGCUCAGUCCUGGCGUCGAGUGUGCUACGAUUUAUUGAAAUGUUUCGCUUUUUUGUUCUAUGUCGAGGAAUUUAGAUGUUGUUUCUGGACAUUUGAAACGUCGUGCAUGGAGUUAAUUCAUUUAUCUCACUUCAAUCUGUUCACAAAC